UUCCUCCCUCUAACCACCAAAUACCCCUUCAUCCUUCCUAAAAAUCCAAGCUCUGGUUUAAAAAGGAAAAAAAAAAAAACUCUACAUAUCUUGAUCCCAGAACUACAAGAAAAAUGGGCCACUUUUGGACUGUGAUCAACGCUCUCCAUUCCCUAGCAGGGCCUACUGUUACGCUCUUAUAUCCCUUAUAUGCGUCAGUCCGGGCGAUCGAAAGCCCGUCGAAGCUCGAUGAUGAGCAGUGGCUGGCAUAUUGGAUCUUGUAUUCAUUCCUAACGUUGAUGGAGAUGGUCGCGGCGCCAGUUUUAGAAUGGAUACCCAUAUGGUAUCAGAUGAAGGUAGUGCUCAUAGCGUGGCUGGUGCUGCCUCAAUUCAGGGGGGCUGCUUUCAUAUACGAGCGGUUUGUGAGAGAGCAGUUGAGGAAAUACAACACAAGAGUAGGGAAAGAUCACUACCCAUCGGACGGCUACAACAAAUUCGCUGAGUUUGUGUCAAUCUCCCCUAAGAAGGUGGAGCACGAGGCGCAUUGAAAAGGAUAGCCUUCUCUUUUUUAUAUCCAUAUUUCAUGUGCUUUUCUUUUUUUUUUUUAAAUAUUAUGUAAAAUGUCCGACCAUUGGACCACAAGUUGGUGGACCACCCAGAUGACGACCGACACCCUAUUAGGUGAAUGUGAGAUUCAAUCCUUCUAAUAGGUUAGGCUCCACAAAUGAAAUUAAGGAUCACCAGCCCCAUCUACUCACCAGGUGGUCCACACCAUAGAAAACCAUGUCUAGCCAUUGAUAAAUGACAAGUCAACGAGUGGAUGUGGCUGAAUUUUUCAUGAUGCAAUACUCAUGGUGGGGCCAACCUAUUGAACGGUUUGGAUCUUGCCCUUACGUGAAGGUUGGAAGUUAUCAGGUGGGUGGACCGUUAAUUUGUGGUCCAACCUCAUACCUCAUUAUCAUGACAAACGUUGUUUUGUUUGAGACCAUACAGUACACUUCUGGUGGAUACUUUUGUGAA